AAACUUAUCGUCUGUUCUCCCAUCCAGAAACAUCCCUGUGUUUGAUGGGGACCCCCUACAGUACAGAUCAUUUAUGAAUGCCUUUGAGAACGGAGUGGAGGCUAAAACUGACAACUGCAGCGACUGUUUGCACUUCCUAGAGCAGUUCACCAGGGGGCAGCCUAAAGAUCUCGUGCAUAGUUGUCAACACUUAGCUCCUGAGGAAGGUUAUUCCAAAGCCAAAUAUCUUCUUGAAGAACAUUUUGGAAAUGAAAAUAAAAUAACUUCUGCGUAUAUGGAGAAGAUUAUGAGUUGGACACCAAUAAAAGGGGAUGAUGUGAAAAGUCUACAAUCAUUCUCUCUUUUUCUUCAAGGUUGUUCAAAUCUGACACAACAAAUUGUUUACAUGAAGGAGUUGGAUUUACCUUCAAAUAUGAGAACAAUUGUCCUGAAACUUCCAUAUAAACUGAGGGAAAAAUGGAGAGUUACUGCUUAUGAGCUACAGGAGCAAACUGGUCACCGAGCGUUGUUUACUGAUCUGGUUGCUUUCAUAACAAAGGAAGUAAAAGUAGCAUCAGAUCCAGUGUUUGGCAAUAUCCAAGACCCACCAACAGGGAACAACUCCAAAGUUCCAAGUUACAGCAAGCAAAGAAAAAAGGGAAGCAGUUUUGCCACUAAUGUCAGCACAAUUCCAGAAGCCAGAACUCACUCAACUGAAAACAGGGCCAAGUCUACUGUUCUUCACAGCUGCUUGUUUUGUUUACAAAGAAAUCAUCUACUGGAAAACUGUGUGUAGUUUAAAGCUAAAAUGCAUCGGGACAAGUUGACUUUCAUUAAACAAAAGGGGAUUUGUUUCGGUUGUCUGAAAGUUGGUCACACAAGCAAAGACUGCAGGAGUCGUUUGGAUUGCAAUGUGUGUCACCAAAAGCAUCCAGGGGUUCUUCACAUAGAGCAAAAGGAGACAGGAGCCUCUUCAGAACAAAUCCAACAGACAACAAGGUCUCAUGUCAACUUCUCAACUGCAACCACCCAGACAUGUGGGCAUAUUGGGGCCGGUCAUGAUGAUAAUGCUGUUUUUUCUAUUGUUGCAGUUAAAGUUAAAAGUCAAAAGAGCAACAAAGUUGUGCAAACUUAUGCAUUUCUUGAUCCAGGAAGUUCAGGUACGUUCUGUACAGAAACUCUGGCAAAAAGUCUGAACUUAAAGGGCAAAAGAACAAAUAUUAUGCUGAGAACAAUGAGUCAAAAUAAGAUUGUUAAUGUACAAGUUUUGUCUGGUUUGGAAAUCUCUGAAUUGGAAACAAAUGAUUUCAUAGAGCUACCAGAUGUUUUGACUCAAAGUACCAUGCCAGUUUCUACAUUGAAUAUUCCCCAGCAAAAGGACAUUGAUCAGUGGCCUCAUCUUAAACCUGUUAAGCUUCAUAGCAUCAAUGCAGAUGUGGAACUACUGAUAGGAACUGAUGCUUCAAAUGUUUUAGAGCCCUGGGAGGUGAUCAACAGUGUAGAUGGUGGGCCUUAUGCUGUAAAAACUAAAGUUGGCUGGGUCAUAAAUGGUCCCCUGCGCACUAGAAGCCACAGCAAAAAUAGAAAUGUUUGCACUGCUGUGACAGCCAACAGGAUCUCUGUUGAGCAUCUUGAAGAAAUGCUGAUCAAACAGUACAAUCAUGAUUUUAACGAAAGAUCAUCAGAGGAGAAAACUGAAAUGUCUAGAGAGGAUUUGCAUUUCAUGAACAUUGUCAAUAACUCUACAAAACUUAUUAAAGGUCAUUAUAAUAUUGACUUACCUUUCAGGAGUGAAAGCCCCUGCUUUCCAAAUAACAUCUGUGUUGCAGAGCAGCGCCUCCAGAGCCUCAGAAGGAGAUUUGAAAAGGAUGCUGAGUACAAGGAGGAAUACACUGCAUGUGUAAACAACAUGCUGCAGCAAGGACAUGCUGAGGCUGUACCAGCAGAGGACCUACAGAAAGGUGUAACAGAGGAAAGUUUAUUGAACAAAAGAUGGCAGAUCUGCCAGAAGAAAGAGUCCUGCCAGCCACCGCUCCUUUUACAAAUGUUGGAGUGGAUUACUUUGGUCCUGUAAGUGUUAAAAGAGGACGAAGCCUCCUGAAAAGGUAUGGAGUUCUGUUCACUUGUUUCACCAGCCGUGCAGUGCAUCUGGAAAUGGCCUACACCCUCGAUACAGAUUCCUGUAUAAAUGCAGUCCGCAGGUUUAUCUGUAGAAGAGGCCCAGUUUCCACCAUCAGAUCUGACAAUGCCACAAAUUUUGUUGGUGCAAAUCGAGAGCUGAAAGAGAGUUUAGCUGAACUGAAUCAUGCUAAAAUUCAAAAUGCUUUUGUGCAGGAUGGAAUUAAAUGGAACUUUAACAUCCCAGCAGCCUCUCACCAAGGUGGAGUUUGGGAGCGUCUGAUUCGUUCCAUAAGAAGUAUUUUGGUUUCAGUUCUUAAAGAGCAAGUUUUGGAUGAUGAAGGGCUUCAAACAAUUUUUUGUGAAGUUGAAGCCAUAUUAAACGACAGACCCA